UUGCUUUGCUUCCUUUCUCCCUUGUCGAAGGAGGCUUUAGGGAUGGCUAAUCUUUAUUUGACCGAUGGAGUACAACCGUACCACGAUCCAUGUGCAACAUGGUUUCCCUUGCCAAGUGACGUAAUGCAGGCAAGGCUUGAAAGACAAGAUUUGCUGCCAAUGCCAAUCCAUUUUGCAUUCCUGUCUAGUAAAAUGGAGGAUUGGAUAGGUUGGGCAAAGGAGAUGCUUGCCGAGAACGGCUUUGUGGAAAUAUUGCGUGCUGUUGGGGUCCUUAAAGCGCGUGGCAAACCUGAUGUUGUUGCCUAUUGUUGGGGAAGAGGAUCCAUGACACAUAGCAUUGACACCGAAGAAGUGUGUCACACAGGUGGCUUUGAAAAAGGCAAAAAUGCUCCAUAUGUGCGUGCAGCCUUCCUUAUAACUUCGUUGAGUAAAUUUGUCUUUGGGGGUUUCCUAAACCACGAACUUAUGGUUGAGUGCAUUCCUCUGGCAAUCCGCUUGGUUGAAAGCAUGAGGCUUCCUUUGGCUCCUUUUAGCUCCGUUGAUGUUGGCGAGAAAACAUUGAAGGAAUACCCCAUGGUGAAAUGUGGUUACACCAGUGGAACGACUCCGCUAGCUUGCUCUUGGAUAAGAAAAAGGAAAGUAAAGAGGAAGAUAACCCUGGAGGUCAAUGGUUUUCUAGAUGACUAUGGCAGCUUUAAUUUUCAUGCAUACAAGAUAAUGGUAGGGAUGUUUGCUGCACUUGAGGUGAGCCUUCUUGACAAGACACUCCCAAUGGUGCUUGGGAACCAGAUUGUGGAAUUUACUGCGAGAAACUCAAGUCAUUUGGAAAUGUUGGCAGAUAUUCCUCCUGUUCCUUCCUCGAACAAGACAAAUUGGAACAAGGCCAUGCGGCCUUACAUUGAUGAGGUUGCCACAACCAUGUGGAAUGAGGAUGCUGCCACACUUAGGAAGGAAGAAUAUGGCCAAGUUGGUGUUGUUGCUGAGGAACUCGGCCAGGAAGUAGCUGGCAAUGCUAGAGCUAGAGCCUCAUCCUCGGCAUCAUCAUUUCACCGUUUAUCUUUUUCACCAUUCUCUUCGCCAUCCUUCUCAUCAUCUUCACCAUCCUCUUCCUCUUCAUCAUCUUGGUUUGUCAUGGAACCUGAUGCUGGGUUUUCCUCUUGUUCAUCCUGGUUCUUCGUGGAACCCAGAUUUGGGUUCCGCAAGGAACCCAACUCAAUGUUGGAUGGUGGAACCCAACCCGGUGCUAAGUUUAUUGAGGAAACCAUUUCCUUGAGGAACUCAGUUCUGGGUUCCUCGACGAAUCCAGAACCUAGAUCUGGGUUUCGUGAGGAACCUAGUUCUGGGUUCCUGGGUUCCUCGAAGAACCUAGAUUCUGGGUUUUGCGAGGAACCCUUGACAAACCUAGAACCUAGGCCCUUAUCUACUUCACGAAGUGUUGAAAAGGGCAAGGCCAAGGCUGUGGUCAGUGCCAAUAAGGAAAAUGAGAAAUUGGUCACUGAGGAAAGCAGCUCUAAUUCCAACAAUGGUAGUGAUGACAAAUUGAGCGAUGACAAAUCGAGGGAUGACGAUACCUCAUCUGAGAGUGAGAAUGGUUCCGAACAAAAAGGUAAGAACGCAGGCUUCCAAAGCAGCAUAGACAUAAACAGAGCUACCCUCGAAGAAUUUGAGUUGGGCGUAGGCGAUGCUGCGAAGAAGUCUAUUCUCGGUAAAAGCAAGGUGGAUGCUGGGAAGACAUCCAUGAGUUCAAAGAAGAAGAUUGCCAGCCCUAUUAAGGUAGAGCAUGAUGAUGAGCCAUCUUUAGCUCCAGCUAAGUCAAGUGAGGCUAAUAAUUUUGCUGUGAGGCUACUCAAGAAUCUGAAGGGAAUGAAAAAGGAUAGGGACGUCUCACUGGCUUGAUUUGGCUUAGUGCCGAUGGGCAGCUUACGAGUUGUGGGUAGGUUUGCAAUGCUCGCAAUGUUGGAAGCAUAGGUGCGCCACCUGCUAGACAUCUUUUCGAAUCUAAUGACACGCAACAAAGCCAAGAAAGUAGGGCAUUUUAC